AUGGUGACUCAGGCAAUGGGAUCUCAGGGUGGUGGUGGUAACCGAACCCAAAUCCAAACUCAAGAGCCGAAAUCGAAUUCAUUGGCCAGCCAGGGAUCGUUGUAUAGCCUCACUCUUGAUGAGGUACAAAAUCAAUUGGGGGAUUUAGGAAAACCAUUGAGUAGCAUGAACCUUGAUGAGCUUCUUAAGACUGUGUGGAGUGCUGAAGCUAAUAAUCAAGCAGUGGAGGGCACUGAUUAUGGGCCCAACGUGCAGCAGCCUGGUCAGCGGAUGUCGUCCUCACUGAAUCCACAGUCGAGCCCCACGCUGUUGAGGGAUCUGAGCAAGAAGACUGUUGAUGAGUUGUGGCAGGAUAUUCAACAAGGACAGAAGAAGAAUAGCCUUGACAGGAAAGCUACUCUUGGGGAGAUAACAUUGGAGGAUUUCUUGGUUAAGGCAGGAAUUGUAGCUGAGUCGUCUCCUGGGAAGAAAAGUUUGGGCUCAGCGGUUGGGCCUGUUGAUCCAAUGGCAUUGCCACAGCAAGUUCAGUGGACACAUUAUCAGUUCCCUUCGAAUAGUCCACGGCAGCAACAGCAACAUAACAUGCUGCCUGUAUUUAUCCCAGGCCACUCACUUCAACAGCCUAUUCCUAUCGGUGGAAACUCGAUGGCGGAUGCAGCUUAUCCCGAGACCCAAAUAACCAUGUCUCCAUCCACUUUGAUGGGAACUUUAUCAGACACACAGACCCCUGGAAGAAAGAGGGUUGCUCCUGAUGGUAUGGUUGAAAAAAGUGUCGAAAGGAGGCAAAAGAGAAUGAUCAAGAACAGGGAGUCGGCAGCAAGGUCUCGAGCAAGGAAGCAGGCUUACACCCAUGAGCUGGAGAACAAGGUUUCACGUCUGGAAGAGGAGAAUGAACGGCUUCGGAGACAAAAGGAACUGGAGAAAGUGUUACCUAGUAUACCGCCACCGGAACCCAAGUAUCACCUGCGCAGAACGCACUCGGGCCCUCUCUAG